CAUUUGAUUGGUUUUGAUUUGUUUUCCUCCCUGCAGAAGCUGCUGUGUGAGAAACUGGAGGAGCAUCUGCUGAACCUGGACAGUGCUCUGAAGAAAAGAGAGAGAGCAGAGAGGAGGAGGGAGCGUCUGGUGUACGUGGGGAUCAGUGUGGAGAACAUCAUCCCUGAGGGGGAUGAGGUGGAAGAGGAGAAGACCACAAAGAAGAAAGAUCCCAAAAAGAGCAAACAUCUGGGGAGGAGAUCCACCAGAACCAGGAAGCACAUCAGCUACAGGUUUGAUGAUUUUGAUGAUGCCAUCGAUGAGGCUAUAGAUGAGGACAUCAGGGACCUCUGUGGGGGAGCACGGCGGGGUAGAAACCUCACAGCCAUCCUAUCCGAGGAAGGGAAGGAGAGCCAGCGGCCAAUCAGAGGCCAGGCUCACGCUGCCAGGAACAGGAAGAGGCGGAGACUGAAUGACCUGGAGAGCGACAGUACGGCAGCUGAGAGUGAAGACGAGUUCAUGCUCAGCAACAGCUCAGAGGAAGAGGAGUUUGGUGCGUCAGGGCCUGAUGAUGAUGAGGAGGAAGAUGAAGAUGCCGGCAGCGAUGUAGACAGCUUAGACAUCGGGUCGCGUUCUAAACGGGCAGGGAGGGGGGCACCUAAGCCCCGCCCUGGAAAGACCCAGCGGCGGGGCAGGAAGCGGCUCAGACGGCGACGAAGACGCUCCUCAGAGGAAGAGGAGGAGACUGAGGAAGAGAUGGGCUCUGAUCAGUUCAGCGACAUGACUGACAGUGACGAUGACAAAAAUAGGCGGGGCCUGAGGCGGGGCCAGCGUCAACAGGUAAACUACCGCGAGACGUCCGAGUCCUCCGACGCCUCCCGGGCCUCCGCCAAGAAGGUGGGGGUCCGACCCCGUGGCAGACCUUGCAAGGAGCAUCUCUCCAGCGACUACAGCGACGUCACACCGUCUUCCAGAGACUCAGAGGAGGACAAUUAUGAAGACCUAGAUGAUGAUGACAGGAGACGAAGAGCGAACAAGAGGAGAAGAGAGGAGGAAGACCCCCUGAGGAAGAGGACGAGAGGAAGGCCGAGGAGAAACGAGGAGGAUGAGCGUGAGCGAGGGAGGCGGCUGAAAAGGAAACGGUUAGAGAAGGACAGAGACAAGAGGAAGAGGGUGAAGAGGACGGACAGAGAAGAGGAGGACCUGGAGAAGAUGGGUCGGGGGAGGAGGAGGGAGAUCCUGUCCCAGCAGAGACGCAAGCGCCUCGCUCAGAUGCUGAAGAAGAGGAGACCUUCUACUGACGAAGAGGAGGACGAAGAGUCUGAGUCUUCAUCAGAGGAGGAUCGUCCAGUCCGCAAAAGACUCAACCGCAUUGACUCUGAUGAUGAAGAGGAAGACAGGGAGGAGGAAGAGACGAUGAAGAAGUGUUCAGAGGUGGAGAGGAGGACCGACAGUGACACUCAGGAAAAGAGGAGGGGCCGGAGCCUGUCUCCUUCAAACAGACAUCGGACCCCCAGGGGCCCAGAGGAGCCGGUGGCCGAGGGUCCUGCUGCACCCAGAGACAGAGCAGAGCCCG